UAGAUCAACGAUACUAGCACAGCAUGCCCUCGAUUUGGCGGGCAUUGUCGGACCCGGACGUGAACCAUCAGCUUCGGUUCAGAUCAAACGUCUCGGUCGACGAGGAAUCGGAGAGCCUCGUGCGGCGGGUGUUUUUGAGCUCAUCCUCAGCAGAAUCGAACGCAAUCAAAUGAUCUCAGCUCUCGACGGUUCCAGCGUCAAGAAAGUCGCAGCGGGAGACCGAGAGAGGGCGACUUCCUCGUUCUUCCACCUUCUCUCGGCGCCAAGCAGCAUUCCUCGUGGCAGUCGCGGCAACCCACCAUCGCAAUGAACCGCAUUUUUCCUUCCCGUGUUGGGUUCGGUGCUGGGCCUCUCGCCCAUAAUCUGUUUGUCGAAAUGCCGCUUAGGCAGUCUCCAUGUGGGUAGUCGCCACGUGUGUUGCCGCCUUUCGAGGACACUUGGGUACCCCACUUCUCUCGCGACAUGCACGAACCGGAUUUCCAAGGAUGGGGCGACGUGAUCAGGGACUACUGCGCCAACGCCCGGCACAAGGAAGCCGUCUCAUUCUUCCUUCAAAAGGUCCGGUCUUCCUCUGUUUUCAAACCCAAUUACCAAGUCCUUUCGUCUGUUCUCAAAUCCUGUGCCGGCCUCUCGGCCCUCCACUUGGGAAAGACUCUUCAUGGCCAUUCGUUGAAGCUGGGCCAUCUUGCUUGCUUGUGUAUAUCGAAAGCGCUGCUUAACUUGUAUGCAAAGUCCGGAGCUUUGGAUGACUGCCGGAAGAUGUUCGGUCAGAUCCGUAGCCCCGAUAUCGUCCUGUGGAACAUUGUAUUGUCUGGGUUUGCUGGGUCCAAGGGGCUUGAGGCUGAGACAAUGAGGAUGUUUAGUAAAUUGCAUCUUGUCCAGGACCCCAAGAUGAGCUCUGUCACCGUUUGCAUCGUCCUUCCUUUAUGUGCUCGAUUAGGUGAUCUGGAUGCAGGGAAGAGGGCGCAUUCAUUUGUCAUUAAAUCUGGCUUGGACUCGCACACCCUCGUGAGAAAUGCACUGAUCUCUAUGUACGCAAAAUGUGGGCGAGUUAUGACUGAUGCUUACGCUGCAUUCACCUGCAUCCCUGACAAAGAUGUUGUUUCAUGGAAUGCAGUCAUCGCUGGCUUUGCAGAGAAUAAGUUGAUGAAUGAUGCCUUCAGAAUGUUUCGUUGGAUGCUGAAAGGAUCAGUGGCACCCAAUUAUGCGACGAUUGCAAAUGUUUUGCCUGUUUGUGGUUCUCUGGAAAAGAGCACCGCCUACUACAUUGGAAGACAGAUACAUUCUUUUGUGUUGCAACGAACUGAGCUUGCAGCAGAGGUCUCUGUCUGCAAUGCACUUAUGACAUUCUACUUAAGGAUUGGACUGGUGCAAGAGGCAGAGACCUUAUUCAGACAUAUGAAAGUGAGAGAUUUAGUUUCAUGGAAUUCAGUCAUAGCAGGAUAUGCAUCAAAUGAUGAAUGGUCAAGAGCACUGCAGCUUUUUCACGAACUAGUCUUGACUGAGAGAUUUACCCUAGAUAGUGUCACUCUUGCUAGUGUUCUCCCUGUUUGUGCACAAUUAAGACAGAUUCAGUGGGGCAAACAAAUCCAUGGAUACGUACUUCGACGACCUCACUUAUUUGGGGAUACAACGGUGAUGAAUAACUUGGUUCAUUUUUAUGCAAAAUGCGAUGAAGUGGAGGCAGCUUUUGUGUCAUUUUUGAUGAUUUCAAGUAGAGAUGUGGUAUCUUGGAACACGAUGCUCGAUGCCUUCAGUGAGAGAGGAUUUCAUAGCCAGUUUCUGGACCUUUUGAGCUGGAUGCUCAAAGAAGGAACUAAACCUGACUCUGUCACCAUGCUUAUCUUAGUAAAUUUCUCCAUUUCAGUCUCGAGAUUACAAUUUGUCAAAGAAUUACACGGAUACAUUGUCAGGUCUGGUGUUUUGCUAGGGGAGAAAGUGUCCACUAUUGGAAACGCAAUGCUUGAUGCAUAUGGUAAAUGCGGUGACGUGGAUGGUGCCUCAAAGAUUUUUAAUAGUUUAUUCAACAAACAAAAUUUAGUCUCAUACAACUCAAUGGUGUCUGGAUAUGUAAACCAUGGAUCACAUGAUGACGCGUAUAAGAUAAUAGACCGAAUGCUUGAAACGGAUCUCAUUGCUUGGAAUUCAAUGAUCCGAGUUUAUGCUGAAAAUGAAUGCUUUGAUGAAGCUCUAGCUCUCUUUUAUCAGUUACAAGCUCGAGGAACGAAGCCCAACGAGCUGACAGUCAUGAGCCUCCUCCCUGUAUGUGCUCAGAUUGCCUCCAUUCAUUUGUUGAGGCAGUGUCAUGGAUAUACAGUCAGAACUUGCUUUGAGGAUGUUAUACUAAAUGCUUCUCUUUUAGAUGUGUAUGCGAAAUGUGGAAGCAUAGCGUAUGCUUAUAAUCUUUUCCAGUUGAGUCCGCAUAAGGAUCUGGUGAUGUUCACCGCAAUGGUUGGUGGUUUUGCUAUGCAUGGUAUGGGGGAAGAAGCACUUAAAAUUUUCCAUCACAUGAUUUCAUUGGGUGUAAAACCGGAUCAUGUUGUCAUCACUUGUGUGUUGUCUGCCUGCAGUCAUGCUGGCCUCGUGAAUGAAGGAUUAGAGAUAUUUGACUCCAUACAGAACGUUCACAGAAUGACGCCAACUAUGGAACAGUAUGCUUGCCUAGUGGAUCUCCUUGCUCGGGGAGGUCGAGUGAAUGAUGCGUACUCUUUCGUGACUCAGAUGCCUGUUAAAGCUAAUGCGAAUGUUUGGGCGACCUUGUUGGGUGCAUGUAGGACUCACCAUGAAGUGGAAUUGGGUCGAGCUGUGGCAGACCAUCUUUUUAAAAUUGAAGCCAAUGACGUGGGGAACUACAUUGUGCUGUCAAAUAUUUAUGCUGCAAAUGCCAGGUGGGAUGGUGUUUUGGAGAUGAGAAAGCUCAUGAAAACAAGAGAUCUGAGAAAGCCUGCUGGAUGCAGCUGGAUUGAAGUGGAUAGGAGAAAAAAUGUGUUUAUAGCUGGAGACUACUCUCAUCCGGAAAGAAGCAUUAUAUUCGGCAUUUUAAGUACCAUGGAUCAACAAAUCAAGGAGAGGCUUGCUGGCUCCUCUGUUGACAUGCUACUCAAUCCCACUUAAUGCCUAACAUUGUUGAGCAAACUUAAUUUGAAUGCCUUGAGUAAAUUUGAAUCCUCAAGGACACUUCAUGCCAUUUGUUUCUCUUGGCUAAGUUGGUCACUCCAUUGUUCCUUUACUCCCACUGGAUGGAAGGAAUUGUCAUGGUGAUGAUUGAUUCUCAACAAUACAUUUAUUGGAUGUUGAGAAUAUGAGUGAUCCUAGUUUGACAGGAAAGCAAAAAAGUGGCCUUUUGCUUCUUAAAUCACAAACAAACAGUCCCUCAAUCUUAAAAUAGGGAAGCAGAAAAUGCUUAUCUGAAGAAGCUUGGACAGUCUUGAAGUCCCUUGUGUUUGUGGACUGAAACUCAUAUUCAAUACAAAUUGCAGCUCAAUUAUGGAAAGCUUCGAGAAAUUUGAAGUAGGGGUUCCCAGCGGACUUAAGAUGGCAUCAGAAUUGGUGAUUGAUUUGGAGAGUGAGGAAUGUUGGUCUGUUGAUGAACCAGGUUUGAAGUGGAUGGUGGGUUUAACUAUCUUAAGCUUCUGCCUUGUGCAGCACUGCCUUCUCUCAUGCAGUGAAACUGUUGGCCUCUUUGUCUUCAUGCUCCCAACUCUGUCGAGAGAGCCUUCCUGUGAUGCAUCAGUUUCUGAUGGACCUGUUAAGCGCUGUACAAUCUCUCGGAAAGUGUUUGUGUCGGUUUGUACAAAUGUGGUUGCAGGCCUAGAAACAGCUGCACCUGGUGUUGCUGGCUUCUCCAUGGAAGUUCACUUCUGGAAUGGAAACAGAAGUCUUCUCCCUAUCUCCAGUUGAGGCUUUUUCACCGUGCUAAGGAAGCACCAGCAAAAACUAUCAUUCUGAAGUCAAGGAAGCUUUGGUUUUCAUAUUUAAUUGCCCUCCUGUUGUCAACAUCUGUCAAGUGUCAUAUGCAGAUUGGGUUGUGUUGAAAGCUGGUGAAGAGACCUAAAAAAUGUAGGAAUGCAUUGUUUCACUACCACUAUAAUCUCUGAUCUUUUUGAUUGGAUACCAUCAAGAUCAGAUCGGACAAUUGACUUAGUAUUAUAGUGGAGUUGGUAUUUCUUGACUUCACCGGCAUCUGAACAGUGGGAUCAACAUGAAGGCCAUGAACUAGCACAUGGAAUUAGGCAGAGCAAAAUUCAAAAUCAUUUCAGUUAAAUUAGUGGCAUGAAGGUAGGCUUCCUAAAAUAAUGAAGGUUGGCAUUGAGGGUGCAGAAGGAGAAACAUUGAGUUGUGCAGAUGAAAUAAAGAGCAUAUUGGGGAAAAAGUCUGGGAAGAAAGACUCUGGUGACAUUUUUCUCUUCUUGUUAAUCAAUUAUUAGCAGCUCUAGCAUCCCAGUUGGUGAUGCAUCGAGACCCUGCACAUCUUCCAUCAACUGGGCAAUCACAAAGUAUCGACGAUCUACGGGCACGGUGGAUACAGCAAUGCAACUCAAAAUGUGAUCCGAAGACGGAGUUAAAUGUGACACAUUGAAGACAAACAGAAAAUGGAAGUGAAUGAAUCGUACCUUGGGAGGGAUGGACUCUGAGGAUCGAUGGCGGGGAGAGCCGUGAGAAAGGGAAGUGUUUAAAGGGCGUGGAUGCAGUCAUGCAUCCCUUCAACCAUGUGUGAAUGCCUUAACCAAAA